AUGCAUGUUCAGACCACAGAUUUGGAUGCUGCCGAUAAAUAUACGGAUAACAUGUUAGAAGUCUCAGUUUUCGAUCGAAACGUGUUUGCCGAUGAUUAUAUCGGUUCCACAUUUAUCGACUUGGAAGAUCGCUGGCGUACCAAACAUCGCGCUGUCGUUGGGAUUGCCAAAGAAUAUUCAAAGAGUGGUUACAAUAAAUGGCGCAAUAUUGCCACGCCUUUCGAGAUUCUGACCGAACUUUGUUCGCAACGAGAUUUACCACCGCCAAAAUUCCUCGAAAAAAGUAUUGAAGUGGACGGUUUGAAGUUUAAGGAUGAAACGCGCAUUGCGAUAGCGGAAGAAUUACAGGAGCGUCUUAGUCUAACAGCGCUACACCAUUUGGAUCAGCUGCCGUCCCUUGGCUACAAAUUAGUGCCAGAGCAUGUCGAAACUCGGACCUUAUACCGUCGCGAUGGUCCAGGCAUAGAACAGGGCAAAAUACAGCUAUGGGUUGAGCUGUAUGAGGGCAACUUAAAUAUACCAGCGCCUAUCGAUAUCACCCCACACCCGCCACAAGCGUACGAAUUGCGCGUUGUAGUCUAUGGCUGCGCUGAUUUAACGUUGGACGAUCGGAAUAUUUUUGGCAAAAGAAUGAGUGAUGUCGGCGUAAAAGGCUGGUGUGCUGACAAAGACCAAUCGCAAGCAACAGAUAUCCAUUACCGUUCGUUCAAUGGAGAAGCUGCAUUUAAUUGGCGCAUGGUCUUCCCCCUCAAGUAUUCUGCCAAUGAAGAUAUGAUGGUCAUCAAGGUGAAAAGUGGCGUACUUAACGAAUACGAAGUAAAGCAUCCUGCCGUAUUAUAUCUUCAAGUCUGGGAUAAUGACUUGAUCACAAAAGAUGAUUUUCUGGGCAUGCUCGAGUUGAAUCUAUCAAACUUUCCAGAGCCUUGCACGAAUCGGCGUUUCUGUACGUUGACCAAUGAGUUUGCCGGCAUUAAGCUACCCGAAACACUGGCACGAUUACAAGGCGUGGCACAUCGGCGUCGUCCACCGGUGAAUUUGUUUGCGAAAAAGCGCGUAAAAGGCUGGUUUCCGCUGCACGGACAAGUCGAGCAGCUGUCUAAGGAUAAACGGCUCAAGGAGCAAUUGCGUACGCAAACUGGAAAAAUCGAAGUGGAACUGGAGUUACUUACCGAAGCGGAAGCGGCAGCGAGUCCUGUUGGUGUGGGUCGCAAUCCACCGAAUGCAUUAGCCAAUCCAUCACGACCUGAUACCUCUUUUAAUCCAUUAACAAAUCCAAUUAAGGCAUUUAACAAAAUUUUACUUCCCGUUCUUAUCAAAGCACUUAUCAUAGUCGGCGUCUGCGCUAUUAUUAUUCUGUCCAUUGUGCUAUUCUUUUCCAAUGUACCUUACAAAUUUUUGGGAUUGCGUUGA